UACUAGGAACAGUGUGGUUAGGUAUCUGGACAUUUCAUCUGUGGACUUACUCAGGAAGAAUGUCUUUUAAACCUACAAGUGUCCCAGACUUAUAUGGAGACCAAAACAACACCAAUGGCACUGAAUGUCCAGAGGACAACUGGGAGUGGCUCCACACCAGUCAGCCAGUUUACACCUUGCUCAUCUCUGUGCUGGGAAUCGUGUUUAAUGUGUUUGUCCUGAUGGUAUUCUGUCUCCACAAGAAAGCCUGCACCGUGGCUGAGAUCUACUUGAGCAACUUGGCUGCUGCUGACCUUGUCCUGGUGUCCUGUUUGCCCUUCUGGGCUGUCAACGUAUCCAAUGGUUUCAAUUGGACCUUUGGUCUGUUCAUGUGCAAAGUCGUCAACUUGGGCAUUAAGAUGAAUGUCUACUGCAGCAUCUACUUCCUAGUUCUGAUCAGCAUUGAUCGCUAUGUGGCAUUGGUGCAUACAAUGUCCCAUGGCAGAAUGCGUAGGCCAAAGUAUGCCAAACUGGGCUGUCUGCUGAUGUGGGGUUUCGGCUUGCUCAUGAGUAUCCCGACACUUGUCUUCCGGGAGGAGGAAUAUUUCCCUGAUUUUGGUGUUAAUGCAUGCUUUCUGAAAUACCCAAACCAAACCGUAGCAUUGCUCUGCGAUGGGAUGUUGAUCGUUUUCGGCUUCAUCAUCCCCAUUUUGAUUAUCUCAUUCUGUACUGUCAAAAUUAUCCAGGCUUUGAAAAUCCAGGCAGUAGAGAGAUUCAGUGCUGAGAAAACGGAGCAGAAAGCUACCACUCUGAUGAUGGUCGUCCUCCUCGCCUUCCUCAUCUGUUGGGUACCAUUCCACAUCGUCACCAUACUGGACGUGCUCUUGAGAGCCGAUGUCCUGAGAGGCUGUCACUUAACAAAUGUCCUAGAAAUCUGCAACCAAAUCUUCAGCUAUCUAGGCUUCUUCAACAGUGUCCUCAACCCAAUCCUGUAUGUUAUCGUAGGAAAGAACUUCCGGAAAAAAGUUUGGGAGCUCUUCAAGCAGUGGAGCAUUAAGAGAACAACAGCCUCGGAGUCCACACGCUCACACUUGUCCUCUACUUUAAAGACUGUGUUAUAAAUCAAUGCUGUCAAAAUCACAAUCCUCUCAAAAAUAGAAUUUGCAGAAAGAUGACCGUGGAAGACAGUUAAUAAUCAUUUAAUAACCAUGAACCAAUGUUAAUGAUUCAAAUGAUUAGCUAAAUUCAUGAUUAGAUCUGCAGUGGAUAGUAUAGUAACGGGACCAAAUCUUCCUUCCUCAAAUCAGCCUUUGAUGAGAUGUCUUCUCAAAAAGAUUUUUAGGAAAUAUAACUAUAUCUGUGGGGUCAUAUGGGGCUGGAAUGUUACCUGCUGGAGAAGGUGUUGUAGAUUAAUGUACAUAUUCUGUCUUGUAUCUCUGCUAACUCAGAUUGUAAAUAGUAAAUAUCUGUAGCCCCCUGAGUAUCAAGUAAAAUAUGGUUGUCUCAUUGGAUCUUUAUAAGUCUUUAUAAUAAAUGUAGAGUUAAGUUGAGCUUAAAAAUUAGAAUGUAAGAAAGCUCUGACAGCUGUUUACUAAGUGUUUUCUUAUGCCUCUGACUCAUUGUCUGCAGAGUUAAAAACAGGACUCUGUCAAAAAGUUUCCAGUGGUGACACACAAACAUGCCCCCUUUUUGCUGGCUGUACAGACAUCAGUUGUCUCAUUAUACAUUUCUCCUCACACCCAUCAUGAAAUGGCCCAAUGUUGACUCAGUGUGGGCUGCGGGACUGGGUACACCCCUAGUUGUCUCCAAAAUGAAGGCAUGUGAUGCCAAACAGGAAAUCUUUGUUAGGAGUAAGACCUUACCACUAUUGCCAGGAUUGGAAAUUGUUGUGGAACAGAAAACAUGCAGGCAGACAAAGUUACCUCAAACAGUAACAUAUAUGCCAAAAAUACACAUUAAGAUCUGAUCCAUGUAUUUUUCUCUGCUGUUCAGGACUAUGACACCAUGCUUUUUACUCUAUUCUUUCAAAUGUGGAAUAUAUAUCAUUCCUUGUUCAAAGGGUCUGCAUUUUUUAUUCAAACUGAAAUAAAAACUAUGUUUUUUGCUAAGGAAUCAGUCUACAGUCUACAUUCCUUUUUGUUCAUACUACGUGAACAAAAACGAAUGUCCAGUGGGUGCCAAUAUUAUCAAACUGGGCUGAAUAGCUUCCACUUUCCACAUAUAAGAAAAACUUACACCAUAUAACCAUAUGAUGGCCAAAUCUUGUGGCUUGAAUCACAAAUGGUAUAUAACCGAUGCUAAAUCAUCUGGGCUUGUUGAAAAAGGGGGGAAAUUGUUUCGUAUCACAGUCUGAAGACUGCACAGGAUGAUGGCAAUAAACGUGGCACUUCACGGAUGUUGACGGCAUAGCAACAGCUGUCUUCAAAUGUUACUACAGCUGCCAUGAAAAAUGUUCAGCCAGAGGAUGGAAUCUUAGACACUGUUUCCACACGAGUCCAAAAACAGUUUUAUUCUCAUUUAAAAAAGGGAACAUACGUGCUGUGGCUGCAGUAUCAUCUUUGUUUACAUUUCCUCACACAAAAGUGACAAGAAUUCAAAUUUCAGUUGAACUUUAAUAUAUAAAUUGUCACUGUGUGUGUGUCUGUGUGCUUAAUCCUAAUGUAUGUGUUCAUAAAUCCACAUAAAUGUGCGUAAAUGUGUCGCCUGCUUUGUUUUCAAUCACAUACAUGCUCCUUACAGUAUCUGCUGCUAAGA